AUGGACAAGCAUCCGAAAACCCCAACUCGGCCCAGUGGAAUCCCUCGAUUAGCCACGUCUAGACUGCCUUUGCCUACAUUCAGCGUGUCCCGUUCCCUUAGACCCUCCCCGUCCCGAGACAAGCUUCAAGCCGACCCCGGCCUUGAUGCCACCAGAUUGCGCAGACCAUCGGAGGAUGCGGUGUUUAAAAAGCCCUUUCCUAAAUAUUCCUCAAAUAUCAAGCCGCCGGAGCGACUGAUCCGGAGAAGAGAUGUUUCUCAGGCUGGAACAAGCGAUGGUGGAUGGGCUGAAUCCGAGGCAAGGUCGGAUGCAGCGUCGACCAUCGAGACCUCCGCGCACGACACGGAAAUUAGAGGGCGCUCCCGAGACGAACAGCCGUCCCUAUCAGACCGGACAAUUGAGACUCUAUCCCAAAUUCCGCCGUCGCCGGCACCGUCACGGAGACAGUCUAGCUUUUUCAACGGGGCCAGUCCGAUACGAUCUCCGUCACGUCCGUCACGUCCGACAUCGUCAAUGAGUAGCUACUCCAGAUCGCCAUCGACGUCUUCAACUUCUCGCCAGCAGAGUGGAAAUAACCUAUUCACUCAGAAUCCCUCCGUGGCCCGACUCCCAUCCCGAUCUCGAGUAUCGGCCGUGCCUUCAUUAGUCGCAAAUGGCAGCUCGUCCACUGACAAUGGCUCCAUUCCGGCGGUCGAGAGCCCUUCAAGGUUGAAAAUGCCUUCUCGACCCGAUGUCUCUCCCGCGAGGCAUGGCUUAUACAGUGGAGGUACCAACACCACCACGGCACCUAAGCCUCGCCCAGCUCCUGGUAAAACCCUCGCCAAGCCCACUGUUUCGAAUAUGGGUCCUCCACCACAACCUCUUAAUGUGAAGAAAACACGGAAGACACCGUCGAGUUCAUCAUCUAGUACAAGGUUGUCAACAGGCUCAAAGACAUCGUCAGCGGCAUCCACCGCACCGGAGUCUUGGACCCCCGAGCAAGAGGCGGAUCGGGAAACAAGGAAGGUUUCGAAAUCCUCGAGCGCAUUGAGAGAAAGCAUUGCAAAAGCCAAAGCCGCACGAAAAGUUUCAAGGCAAUCUAGCUCACAGGCAGAGGCAGGGUCUGUUGAUCCCUGGGAUAACAUUGAAGACCCAUUCAACCAGGGGCCCAAAGAUCCAAACAAAGGAGUGCUUCGCAAGCGCUUGGAUAUUGGUCGAUCUUCGGGUAGCUUGAAUAUCGCGGCUAUGUCCUUGACAGAGUUCCCCAAAGAAGUCAUGAGCAUGUACGACUUUGAUCCCGAGUCUACUACGGAUUGGUACGAGAGUGUGGAUCUAUUCAAGUUCAUUGCUGCAGACAACGAGUUUGCCGAAUUGCCAGAGUCUGCAUUUCCCGACAUCGACCCAAACGAGUUCGACCCAGAUGUCGAUGAGAAAGGCAACCAGUUUGGUGGAUUAGAGGUACUUGACCUUCAUGGAAAUGUACUUCGCUCUCUUCCAGUAGGAUUCAGGCGCUUACAGCGACUUCAUACACUAAAUCUCUCGGGAAACCAUUUGGCCAUGGACGAAAUACAGAUCGUGAUGGAAAUGGAGUCUCUUAGAGACCUGAAACUAGCAAAAAAUCAACUACAGGGCACCUUUUCUUCCACUAUUAGCCGUCUCAGCAACCUAGAGCUUCUUGACCUCAGUGGAAAUUCUCUUACAAAAUUGCCAGAAAAUAUCUCGGACUUGACUUCACUCCGGGUAUUGAACGUUGGCCAUAACCAACUUACCUCUCUACCUUUUGAAGCGUUAAGCAAAGUUCCUCUGAAAGAUCUCAUUGCCUCCAAAAACCAGCUUCAAGGAACUUUGAUACCGGCCUCCGUGCGCCGAUUAGAAACCCUGCAGAAUCUGGACGUUGUGAGCAAUGCACUGGAGAAGCUCUCAGAAAAUGAAAGCAUUGACCUCCCUAACCUUCAGUCACUAUCAAUGAGCGUGAACCGCAUUAAGGUCUUGCCAAAUGUGUCUUGCUGGCAGUCGCUACUUAGCCUGUUAGUAGAAGACAAUAGUCUUGUGGACUUGCCGGAUGGUCUUGUUGAGCUAAAAAAUAUCAAGACUGUCGAUGUUACUGGGAACAACAUUUCGAUAUUAGACGAAAAGAUUGGGUUGAUGGAAAGCCUAGCCACACUUCGGGUUGCGAACAACCCGCUUCGGGAUCGAAAGUUCCUGAACAUGGCCACGGAUGAUAUUAAGCGUGAUCUGCGCAAUCGGUGCGAACCUGAGGUUCCAGAUACAGAUGAUGAAGAGGGUUCUGUGGGAACCCAGUUUACUCUUGCCCCAGAGUCACCAGAGCAGGGCCAAACAGCCUGGCAGGUCAGACCAGGAGGUAUUCUGGACAGAUCAUACAAAGACAUGCAUGAGCUUGAGGUGGACCGGCUGGUGCAUUUAGACCCGCAUGAUGUUCGAUGCCUAUAUUUGCAACACAAUGAGUUGCGCGGUUUCCCCAUCCCAGCGCUCAGUAUGCUUGCAAACGGUCUGGUUGAGCUGGACCUCUCGAACAAUCCGUUAGACAGUUCUGCUCUUUUCUCUUCAUCGCUCACUCUUCCGAACCUCCAAAAUCUCAAUCUGAGUGCAACCGGCCUAGUGAGCCUUGAACCUAUUUCGUCCAAUCUUUUGGCACCAUCUCUCACUUUCCUUGACAUCUCGUGCAACCGUAUAGCUGGAUCCCUGCCGCUUAUCCGCCGGAGCUAUCCAAAAUUGAUUGCAUUUAUCGCUUCUGACAACAGAUUUGAAAGCCUGGAGUUUGAAGCUGCUCAAGGUCUCCAGGUUCUGGAUAUAGGCAAUAAUAGCAUCGAUUGUCUUCCACCAAAGCUUGGCCUGCUGAGAUCUGAAGGCUCUAGCAAAAACUGGGACGGAGGAUCAGCUUUGAAGAGAUUUGAAGUGGCGGGCAAUACCUUCCGGGUUCCUCGAUGGCAGAUUGUUGCAAAGGGAACCGAAGCUAUUCUCGAGUGGCUGAAGGACCGGAUUCAUACCGAGGAUCUUGCCGAGUGGGAGCCUGAUGGAGAAACGAACUCACAGGAGUACUAG